AUGGACUCGUCACCGCUCGUCAAGGCGCACGACCACGCCCGCGCCGCGGCUGUCGCGACCCGUCAGGCCCAGCAAGCGACGACGUCCGACACGACCGUCGCGAUCAGCGAGCAUACCCACGCCGCUGGCGAGUUCGCAAACGCCGCCCGCAGCACCACCAGCCUAGAAGCCCUUCGCACCCUCAAGCUGCUGGAGGAGCACCACCGGCGGCUCGCGGAGAUCCUCAAGCUCCCCCCCGAGCCGACGUCGCAGACCGGAGACGAUGAGGAAGAAAUGGGAGAGAAGGCCUCUGUGCAAGACGAAAAGGGCGAGUCAGCGACCGGUCAGCAGCCGGUCAGCCGAAAGGACGGCGUCCACAAGGGUGCGCAGUUGCCCGGCCUCGCCCAGCAGCGUCGGAUCGCGACCCGAGAGAUGUCGUCGUCGAUCGCGAGCAACCUAGCCUCGGCCAGGGGAAUUCGAUCCAAGUACCGCGGCCAGCCGCUCAGUCCCAGCGUCUCCAACGAUCAGGCGCCCGGCAACGUCGAUCCUCACCCUCGCCGCGACGGGUCUAAGGCCAAGAUGCAGGACAUCAUUGACCAUCAGACCGGAAAGCCGACCUGGGUGCCGCCGACGGCUUCUCCCCGGAGGCAAGACAUCCGUACCAAAGGCCCGUCAUCGCCUCGAACAGAAGUCGCGAGUGCUCCGCCGACCGAGGACGCCGGGUACGCUCGAUUUUACAACACCUUCGGUAGUCUCAUCAACAAGAUUUCAGCGCCAUUGGCAUUCGCCGGUCUGCCACUCAUUCAGGAGGAACCGACGUCCGAGGAAGCCGCAGAUCCAGCUGAGGCGACGACCGCUUCCCCGACGGCCGCGAAGCGCAAGGCCGCCCGUCCGCCGCCCAGCUCUCUCAGCUUGGACCCCGACUUGUCCAAGAUCUACUCCAAGGCUACCAUGAGAGCGUUGGCGAGAGAGGGGCACAGCGCCAGCGAUUCCUUCUACGUGGUGCCGACUAGCGGGCAUACCAUGUCCUACGCAAACAUCCUGACGUACGCCGAGAAGGAGAAGCGACGACUGGAGGCGUCUGCGCACAGCGACCUCGCGCCGCCAGCUGAGGAGGACGAAGACGACUUCGUUGAUGCUAGGGAGACGCUCGUGCCGCUCUCACCAGGAGCCAGACGAAGAGCAGCUCGCAACCAGAGCCAUAUGGAGAAGGGCCUGCGCAACACCAUCGAGGAGCUCAGCAUGGAGAACAAAUCGCUCAAGGACAUGCUGGACAAUGUAUCGAAGCGCCUGCACGCCUUCGAGGCGAGCUCACAGCACUCGGCCAUGGCUCUCGCAGAGAGCUACAGAGUCAUGCGGCCGGGGUCGCCGAGCGCGACGCACGCCAGCGGCAAGGCCGUUGACGAUGCGCUGCGCAAGAAGGCGCUGGACAUGGAAGAGCAGCUCGGCGCGGCGGUCAAGCAGAUGGAGCGGCUCGAAAAGGACAACCGCAAGAUGCAAAAGACGCUUGAUAAAUACCGCGAGAAGUGGGAAAUGCUCAAGGCGGGGGCCAAGGCGCGCAGGGAGGCACAGGCCGGGGAGAGUGUUGAGGACGCGCGGCAGAGCUGA